UCAGUCUCAGUCAGUCUCAGUCAGUCUCAGUCCUUUCGUUCCCAUUCACUGUCAGGGCAGCAACCAAAGCCGAACCCACCACACCACCACCUCCUCCACCUCCGCUGUCCAUUCCGCCGGUUCGUCCACAAUGUCGUCUGGUGGUGCUUCAGGAUCACCAUCCGCAGCAUUGGCGUCGGCGGCUGCUCCUCAGUCUGGCGCAGCGCCCACUUCUUCAGCCAAUGCUCCUGCCGCUGCUGCUCCUGCUCCUGCUCCUGCUGCGGUGACUGACUCGCUCACAAUCUCGCGCGCAGUGUCGCAGUGCGUCCAGAGCGGCCUGUUUGACGAGCUCACGAGCGAUCGCCUCGUCCAGUUUGUGCGCCUCGCUGCGAGCGCGACCAACUCGAGCCUCGCCCAAGCGCAAGCACAAGCACAGGCGCAGUCAUCGUCAAGCCAUGGACACGGCCAUAGCCAUAGUCAUAGUCAUGGCAGCCAUGGUCACACGAGCCAUGGCAAUCACAGUCACAGCCACAGCCACAGUCAUGCCUCAAGCGCGACCGCCGCUGGAGCAAACACCAGCACAGGCUCGACCGCAGGAGCAUCUGCCACCGCUGCCAGCAACGUAGCAAGCUCAGGCACUCACUCGUCGGGAGGAUUGUCCAGCGGUGGCGGUGCGAGUACUCAAGCCAGCAACUCUGUCACCCCGAGCGGUGCUGCGGCUGCCGCCCAUGCGCUCGAUCGUGUGCUGGUCAAUGUGCGAGCGUUGGCGCAAUCUCAGUCAGCAGCACAGGCAACGAGUGGAAGCGGAACGACCCACGGCUUGAACACUUUACAGCUCACCGUGCUCGUUCGAUUUCUUCACGCUCUCGUGCUGGACGGCACCGUCCCCGUCGAUAAACUUCACUCGUGGCAUUCAGAGUUACUUGCCAACAUUGAUUCCAGUGAUGCACAGCUUUGGCGCUACUUGAAGCCCUUGUUGCUGGAGCUAUGUCGAGCUGACUCCAACUUUCUCGCCGCCUGUGUCCACUGUCACUUUUCCUCCAAAUCUCGCAAUGCCGCAGCCAUUCUUGUCUCGGUCGACGACAGCCAGGCAGCGCGGUUGUUGGCCCAUGUCAGCGACCAUUUAGUUUCGCCACAUUCCCGUAUCGCGGCAUUGCUAUUAACUGCACAGGCACUUCGUCGACCGAGCUUUGCCGACCGUUUGUACGACUCGCCGCUAUAUCCACACCUGAUCUCUAUUUUAUCAUUUGAUUGCCAUAUUGUGGCGCUAUCUACCGCGUGCAUGGCAUUCUGCAUGGCUCUCCCGCGAAUCACACUCAACCUGGAGCGAAUUGUGAAAGACCUUAUUCCAACGUUUCUUCGGCUUUUGCGAUGGCAACAGGCCGUGCUGGACGGGCCGCAAAUCCAAGAGCGCCAAGCGCAGCAGUUUUCGCAAACCGUCGGCGCCUUCUCUUCGUCUCUUUCCGCAGGAAGUGUACGCGCGUCGCAGGCACAGUCCCAGCCACAAUCCGCCGCAUUUCUGGGCUCGCAGAGCGCGCGGGCGUCGCUGGCGGCUUCGACUGUGGCAAACACACCCCGUUCGUCGGCCUUCUUCGGGUCCAGGCUGUCUGGCAACUUUGACUUGCCAUCGCUGCAUCUGGAUGAGUCCAUGAACCGCUCGUCGAUGGGUUCAACGUCAAACCUCGCGACAUCCACAUGGAUUGUUCUCGCCCAUGUGAGCGAGAAUGAACCCUCCGCCGAAAAACUCGCCGCCGAUGCUGGAGUGCAAACGCACAUGCGUCAAAGCUCGACAGCGCUGCUUCGUUUGCUCUAUAGCACCAUGCCCAAUAGCCUGCUCAACGCCUUGCGCACGAGAUAUGCCAUGGCUGCGCAAGACCGAGCCUUGCUAACUGAAUUUAAGGACUCUUUGCGGCCACUGUUGAUUCAAGUCGGCUUGCACCCAUCCCUUGUUUUGGGCUCGGCUUCUGGAGACGACAUCCCUGCUGGGACUUUCCAUGGACUAGUCGCUGUUUCGAAUUCAGCGCCGCCAUCUGCGGCACCGCAACCUGGCGAAACGCUCCCCCGCGCAACGGCACUUCCUCACACCAGCAGCUCGAGCAUACCAACGAGCGCGUUUUCGUUUCCAGCCUUUCCAGAUCCCGCUGAUGCAUUGGCCUCCUCUCACAAGUCGCCUCCGUCGUCGCCCAGCUUUGGCUUGCGCUUGAGCAAGGGCGGAGUUGGCUCUGCGCCCACAACAGCGGCUCCCCUGCAUUCCAAACUCCAGGAACCGGUGAAUCGCGCCUCGGAAGCCGUGACGACCAGCCAGCUCAUGUCCUUGGCCUCGCUACGCGCCUCCAGUUGGGACAUUCUCGGCAAUGAUGCUGUCCAGGGUGCUGUUCGUCAAGAAAAGUCCCUUUGGGACGCAGUGUUUGGUGCGAGCGGCACGCCAAUCUCCACCAGUCCCGCUCGAGACGAGUUUUCGCCUGACGAUGAUACGUUGCUCGACGAGUUGGACACGCUUUCCUUUGGUGUCAAACCCAGCUCCAGUUCCUCGCCAGGGGCAGCGGCCUCAGCUGUUUUCCAGCAAAUUUCCGAUGCCCAGACGUGGCUUUCCAACCAUUUGCAUCAGCUACAUGAGGCCUCGCGAAACGCUCUGCCGACUGCUGGGUUGACGUCGUCCGGUUCCUCCUCCUCCUCUACGCCUCAGCGGCAACAGCGCGCAUCGAGCAUUUCCACCAUGCUUCGACGCAUUAGUGUGGGUGCAGGUAGUGCCAACAACUCGAGCUCGCCGUCGCCCAAAACGCCGUCCUCGCCUGCUGUUGGAGCCCUUGCGUUCCCGCCUGCCACUAGUUCAACAAUGCUACCCAUCGCUGAGAGUCCUGUGAACUCGGUGCCCACCGACGAUGCAAUGGUGGCGCCUGUUGAGGCCAGCUCCUCGUCGCCAGCGACUUCUGCAGCAGCCGUGUCGGUUUUGCAUCCGCUCCCCACAGACGUUCAAAUACUUCAAACUCAGCUCGUUCUUGCACGCAAUGAGCUGCUCUACGAAAAAGUCGCUCGUGAGCUUGACGAUCAUCGAGCCCGCAAACUGCAGCAAAACGCCCAGCGCGGCUCUUUCCUCGAGACUGAAGUCAAAAUGCUGCGCCUGCAAAUCGAAAUGCGCGGAAAAGACUCGGUGCGUCUCCAACAGGCCUUCGAGAAGCAGCGCUUGGAGCACCAGCAGACGCUGGAGCGACAAACCAAAUGGGAGCGGGAUUUGCAGGCGACGCUGCGACGCAACCUGGAAGAAAAUCUUGCCCUUCGCGAGACGAACGUCAAGCUGGACGACUCGUUCACUGCCCUGCAGUUGGAGACGACACGCUUCCGGCAUGCAGCCGAGCAGGCGCAAACUCAAGUCCGGCUGCUGGAAGGUCGGCUAGAAGUCGCGCAAAAGCAGCUCGCCACGAUGGAGGCUCUGCGCAAGCAAGUCGAGACGCUCUCGCACGAAACUCUGCAACGCGACGAUGAGGACGAUAAGCGCAUUGCGGUGGUGCAGGUUGUCCACGAGCAGCUGAGUCGUGUGACGGACGAGUCGUUGCUCGCGCUCAGCAUGGCGCAGCAGGAAAUUGCAGACGAACAGGCACGGUCAGGUGCGUUGCAACAGCGGCUGCGCGCGGCCGAAGGGCGGGCCGCGACGGCCGAAGAGAAGCUUGCCGACAGCGAGGCCGCGCUCAAGGGUCUCCGCAGAGACUUUGAGGUCGCUCGCGGCCUUGCCGAUAGUUUGCAACGCUCGACCGAAGAAAAGUUCACUGCAGUUCGAAACGCGAACAUUGCGCUUGAGAAUCGCGUGCUGGAUUUGUACGCCGAGCGCGAGCGACUUCCGCGCGGCAUGCCCGCCUUUGCGAGCGGUCGCACUUCGCGGUCGUCGUCCUUCCGUGCCACCAGCAGCGAUGAUGCAUCCGGUGGUGAGCAGUACGGACGCUCCGUGACGCUUUCUGGUCAGCUCCAACAGGCGCAAGCACCGGCAAACCCGCCGACACCCCAUGUCGCAGACUAACACAACUUUUUCCAUGUACAAAUUGUCCACUACCAAAAUUGAUUUGUAUUUUACUUGAAUUCCCAUGUUUUGCUUUUGCUUUUUGUUUCCCCCUAUUUCCACUGACUACUCGG